ACUUUUGCAUCCACAAGACCUUUUUGUACAAUGUACGGGCCACAGUUACCGCCGUCCCGUAGGGAAAGCUCCCCAGAAGAAGCAGAUAUUGGACCAAAAUCACCACCCUCACCCUCACCCUCACCCGAAAUCGGCCCGUCGCGUCCACACAUCACAGCAACCCCACCAGAACAGGAAGCUACAGCAAACGAUGGCACCAAUUCGAGCAGCGAAGAGGAUACCUUUGGUCCGUCUCUUCCUCCCCGCCUCCUCGCUGCACGUCAAAAACAACGGCAAGGGGCAUCUCCCCCAGCACGACGAAAACUCGUUGCGGGUCCAGCAGCUCCUCCUCCUCCAGGAUUUUUACAGCAUGCAGAAGUAGAUAGUGACGAUGAGGUGGGACCCAAACCUGCUCCGAGGAAUGGGGAAGACGAGUUAGACGAUCUACAAAGUCGAAUAGCAGAAUUUGAGGAACGAGAGCGGCGAGCCAAGGAGGAAGCGGAGAAUGCAUCCCGUCCCGAGAAGAUCGUGAGAGGAGAUUGGAUGCUGGUACCGCCAGAAGCGAAUAGGCUACCAAUAGCAAUGGGGUCAAUGAAAUCACGCCAAUUCAGCAAGUCGUCUACUGAGAAGGAUAUUGAUCAAUCUGGAUGGACGGAGACACCGCAGGAUAGAGAAAAGAAUGCUGGCCAAAAGCGUAAGCGACCACCUAAAGACGAACCCAGACCACCAACCGAAGAAGAGCUCCGAACUCGAGAAUUUGUUAAAAGACACACUGAAAAACACCGUGGAAAGGCAUUAAUGGACCAACAUAUGUCAACAUACAUUCGCAACGGACGACUGGACGAGGAAGACGUUAGCAAACGCAAGUUUGACAGGGAGCAGGAUAUGGGGGGCUCGCGGCGCAUUGAUGCAAAGUCUAGACAGGAGAUGCUGGAUCAAGCAAGAAAAUUGGAUUCAAAGUUUGGACAUGGAAGGAAAACAUUUUUGUAAAAUGCGGCAGGCAAUGCAAGUAAUUGUAAAUAGGAAAUGAUAGGUUUGGGAUCUGAACCGAUUGACAGA